UGCAAAAAUUCCUCUCUCAUUUCUUCUCAUCUCCACAAUUUCAACUUUCUCCCCUCUCUACAAACUCCAUCUUAAUUACCUCUUCGAUCUGCAACAUGGCGGCUUUUGGUGCUGUAACCAUUUUAAUGGACACACUCCGUCAACACUUCCUCCAACCCACAUCCCUUUUCCCUCUUCGCAACAAAACAAAAGUCACUUCUCUUUACAGGAAUCUUUCUUCUUUGCGAACCUCUCUUGAAAAAGAUUUGGGUUUUAGGGUGGGCGAGUACGAUGAAGCAAUGAAAGGGUUAGAGGCAGAACUGAGAGAUGUGUCGGUUGAACUAAGGUUCCAAAUAGAACAGGAAUUGAGAUUGUUUUACCUGGGGAAAUCCAUGAAGCUUAGGCUUCACUCUGCUCAAAAGCUUCUUCCCAUUUUGAAUGGAGCAACUAAAGGCGGCAUAGAAACUAUGGAUUUCAAUUGUGUGAUGGAGAUCCUAGGGAAGCACUUCACGCUGCCGGUAUCAGGCAUGCCGCCUCAUAUAAACAAAAGGGUCAAAUCUUUUUGCAGGCAGCAUCGACAUUUUCUCUAUGGAAAACAAGAGAGGCAGUAUCAACCCUUUCUCUUUGGAAAACAAGAGAGUGAGGAUGAUGAGCAAGAUAGUGAUGAUGAUGAUGAUGAUGAACAAGAGAGCAAGAAUGAACAACAGAUUGAUGAUGAUGAUGAUGACGACGACGAGGAAUGCCGGUCCGUGUUGAGCUUGUUAAUAUGGUACUUCAUAUGGUCCGUAUGGCGCGUGUCGUCUCAAAUAAAGGAAAAGGUGAAAUCUUGUUUCAGACGGGUAAGGAAAAGAGAGAGAAGGAGGUAUAUGUUGUUGUAUGAAGCAGAAAGUGUAAUCAGACAAGAAUUGAGAGCCUCUUAUCUCAAUAAAUUCAUGAAACAACGGAUUCAGGCUACACAAAGGAUUCGUCAACUCUUCAUCCAAGGAAUUAGGCUCACAUCUUACAUCAAGAAAGAGAUGUUGAAGGUUAAGAAUGCGUACCACCAAUCCAACAACUCACAAAAUAACAACAACAAUCCUGCUUCUCUUAGAGGGCUGGAACUCGAUAACAUUACGGUUGGUGAUUCAAAGUCUACAAUCAAAAUGGUGGGCUGCGAUGAUGUGUUCAAAACCAUAAUGGACAACCUGAGCCAGCAAUCCUCAAAACAAGAAAUUGUGUCAAUUGUGGGAAUGGGUGGUAUCGGUAAAACCACCUUAGCUAGAAAGAUUUAUGAAGAUGCUUCAUUCAUUUCUUACUUUGAUUGUCGAGCUUGGGUUACUAUCUCACAGGACUAUAAUCCAACACAAGUGUUCCAAUGCCUGCUUCAGUCUCUUGCCCCUGCAGGGGCCAGUCACAAAAAUGGAGCUAGCAACUACGAAUUGGCUGAGCAAGUAUACAGGCUUCUAAAACAUCGAAGGUAUUUGAUCGUAGUAGAUGAUAUUUGGAGCACAAAUGUCUGGGAUGAUUUAAUGAGAUGUUUUCAGGAUGACAAUAAUGGAAGUCGAAUAUUGUUGACCACUCGGCAAAAAAAUGUGGCCGAGUAUGCUGAUUCAGGUAAUAAUUUUUGCCAUACCUUACGUUUUUUGGAUUCAAAUGAAAGUUGGGAUCUUUUUCAGAGCAAGGUGUGUAAUAGAUCAAUAACUCUACUGUCCCCUGAAUUUGAAAAAAUUGGUAGAGAGAUAGUAGACAAGUGCAAAGGAUUACCUCUUGCAAUUAUUGUGGCUGCUGGACUCCUCUCAAACUCCAACCAAACCUUUAUUCAUGAAUGGGAGCAUAUUGCAAAAUGUGUCCCUGCUUUGAGUUUAGAUCAUUCUAAUCAGCAGGGUGAGAACAUCAUUGAUUUGAGUUACACCUUCUUGCCUCAUCAUCUUAAACUUUGUUUUUUGUCAUUUGGGUGUUUUCCAGAAGACCAUAAGAUUGAUAAAAGUAGGAUUGUUGAUUUUUGGGUUUCAGAGGGAUUUUUAAAGGUUUUAAGGUGUGAGAGCUUGGAAGAUGUGGCAAGGAAAAAUUUACAAGAUCUUGUGGAUAGAAAUCUUGUUCUAAUUUUUCCAGAGAGAUUUAAUAUAGAAUUCUAUCAAAUGCAUGAUGUCUUGCGUGAAUUGGCUUUGAGAGAAGCCCAAAAAGAAAAUCUUUUAUGUUCCAAGAAGGGUUAUGAUAUAAGUUUGAGGUGGAAGAGAAAUCAAUCAAUAAACUCUUCCCAUAUAUCUCAACCAUGGAGUAUCCAAUCAAGAAUUUGCAGUUACAACAGUAUAACUCCUACUACCAACACUUCUUCACUGAUUCAUUAUUUGUACAGGACUUCAAGGCGGGUGGGGGUGCAUGCACAUUUUAAGUUUUUAAGGGCAUUGGAAGUAAGCAGUCCGGUGAUAAAUGUCCAUAAUAUUUUUCUGGAGAUUGUGGGUCUAGUGCAUAUGAGAUUGUUAAAUAUUCGUUGUCUGUUGAAUAUCCAUUGUCUGCCUUUGUUCAUGUUGCGGAGUCUACAGAAACUAGAAGUUUAUGGCUAUUCAUCAUGUGAACCCCUUGAUAUUUGGGGAUUACCUCAACUGAAGAAUAUCAGAAUUUCUGCCGGCAUUACAGGCAUUACACUAGUUCCUCCAAGAUCGGUUCAUCAUAAUUUGGAGAGCAUUAGAAGUUUGGAUUAUAGGAGUUGUACAAAGGAGUUGUUCCUGAGGAUCCCAAAUCUAAGGAUAUUGGAAGUUACUACUAAUCAUAAAAUUAAAUGCAAAGCUCCGAAUUGGUUUGAAAGUCUUGUCUAUUUAUAUAAAGUGGAAGCACUAGUGAUUGAUGCCGAACUUGGGGAGUUCAGUACUAUUUAUUCUAUGGGGAUGCUAAGCCUAGAGAAGUUUUGGCCAAAUCUUAAGGAGUUAAAAUUGUCUAAUACAAAUUUAAAGUGGAAGGAUAUAGAUGUUGUUGGUAAGUUGUCUAAGCUUGAGGACCUCAGAUUGCUUACUUGUGCUGUUAAGGAUCAAAUAUGGAAACCCAAAGAUGGAGGAUUUCGAGGAUUAAAGUUCUUGAUGAUACAUUGGAGUCCUCUACAAUAUUGGGAAGCCACUAGUGAUCAUUUUCCAGUCCUUGAAAAGCUAGACCUUGGACACACAAAAUUGAAAGAAAUUCCUAGUGAUUUUGCAGGAAUAACUACUCUCAAAUCAAUCACGUUAAGUUAUUGUUUAGAGUACUCACUUAUAUCAUCUGCUGAGCGUAUUCAAAAAGAGCAACAAGAUUCUGGAAACGACACAUUUGUUGUUGAUAUUACCCGAUGGUAGCUAGGUUGCCCAGAGGUUGGCAAUUAGUGAAGAAAAUGCCAAAAAUUCAUAUUAGCUACUGCUUUACAUUAUGCUUCCAUGAAGUCAAUUCUAAAGGGAUCUACCUCUCAUUACCACACACAACAGCCUCUGCCAUAAUUGAAUUGAAUUGAAGCUAGCUGAGGUUGUCUGUUCAUAAGUUCCAUGAAGAUGAGAUGACAUCAGAUAGAUGCAGCCAACACACCACACAUCUAUUAUACAGCAGCACUGUAAUCUGAAGCCUUCAACAGAGCAGAAGCUCGGUCCCCUGCUGGAGGUUUUGAGCUGAUAAGUUGCGGAAUGGAGUAAAUUGAGAGUAUUUUGUACGUGCAUUGAAGAAUUUGGGUCGACACUAAUGCUGGCAUGAGGGUAAAUCAAGAUUCAAUGAUGGAAGCAUCAAGGAUUUCUAGUGGUUUUGCAAAUAUAGUUACUCUCAAAUCAAUCAAGUUUUUGGUAUAAGAGAGGUAUCUUCACAGAUUGUGCAAUCAAUUUGGGGUUGACUCGGUCACAUUUUUGUGUCCACCACAAAUAGCAAAGAAGUCACAAGAGAAGGACAGCAAUGGUUGAGCUCAAUUAAACGCAAUGUGCUCAUAUCUACAAAGCUACUAGGAAUCUCUUUCAAUGAUGGGCAGUCACGUAUUACGAUACGCUCAAGAACAGGGUAGUGAUCAGCGCUGGCUUUCCAGUACUUGAAAUCUUGGCAGGACUCAACCAGCAAGAACUUCAACCGACAAAACCCCCCCUCGCUUGGUUCCCACGUUUUGGUGCGGGCGGCUCUAUGCUUCAGUUUGAGCACUUCAAGGCUAGGAAUGCAGCCAAUAACGGUGCUUAUGUGUUCCCAGUGAAUACGAGUCCAAACCAAUGUAAGCUCCUUGAGGUUCCCCGGGAAGGAUUGUGGAUUCCUGAGGCAUAUGUAUCGGGGACGAGGAGACUCUGCUGCUGCAAUCUUUAGUGUCUCAAGCUGAUUUAGAUGGUGAAGAUUAUCCAAGAUGUUGUUGAGACCAACCUCAACCUCCUGAUCAUCAUCAUUAGUUUGGGGUUGACAGGAAAUCCCCAACUUUCUUACAUUGGGAAUCCUGGAAAAGACUUCCUCCGUGCAAUGGCGCAAACGCAACCAAUAAAGUGUUUGAAGCUUCUCCCUAACCUAAUUUGGAGGAUCAAAUGUAAGUAAAUAGGUGCAGCACUGAACAUGACUUAGCUCUUGUGACAACACCCAAAGUUCAUCAGAUAAUGAAGACAAAUGGCAGCAAGAACAACAAAGCUCAUGAGUAUUUUUAUGUCUGAAUUGUGUGCGUGAAAUGAUGAGUGUCUGCAAAUUCCUGUUACGAGAUACUAUGUACAAGGCAUAAUUCUCAAGCUGACGAGAUGAAUAGUGCUCCUGCAGGCAUAUGUUAAUAUAUCUCAAAAGAGAAAUAGGAUAUGCCCAUGACCCUAUGGAGAUUGGAGGAUGCAAUUCCAUAACCCUUAACAAUGCACUCCAAUGAUACAUUGGAUCAAUCACGUCUGAUGAUGCAUAACUUGUAUGCAAAUACAAAAUGGAUCGAGGCACAUACAUAUUCUCCAGCUCACGGAGACCUUCACGUAGGAUCCUCUUUGGCCAGAAAUUUAACCAACGACACCCUUCUUCUUGCAGUUCCUUUCCAACAUUAUUAUUCAGCAGCUUCUCUUUUAUUGCCUCCCUCACACAGAAGUCAUGAACGAUGUUGUGCAUCCUACACGUCUUGAUUUCGCCAUUGAAGCCCCGGUUCUGAAUUAGGAUUAAGCUCCUAUCAACAAGAUCUUGUAAAUACCCAUGAGCCAUGUCUUCCAGGUUCUCACUGUUUAUUAACUCCACGAACCCCUCUGCAAUCCAUAACCUUAUAAGUCUUUUGACUAUAAUUGCUUCGUCUUCUGGGACAGUGCUCAAAUAUAGAAAGCAAGCUUUCAAAUGCAGUGGUAAGUAGUUGUAACUCAGGGUGAGUAUUCUUGAACACUACUCACUAAGAUCUGUAGUUACAACUAGUGAAUUUGUUUGGUUUUCAAAAACUUGCCAUUCCUCAACAGUUCGGUUCAGUUUGGACAGAACUCCUGCAACUACAACAAUUGCUAGUGGUAACCCGUUGCAUUUAUCAACAACGUGCCUCCCGAUUGUUUCAAGUUCUUGGGGCAAACCUUGCUUUACAGGGAAGUUUUUGCAGAAUAAAUUCCAACUUUCUUGUGAAUUUAGAGAACCCAAGGUAUGAAGAUUGUUACCUGAAUCAUCAUCAGCAGCAGAAUCAGCAACCUCUUUGUGUCGAGUGGUCAACAAUAUUCGACUCCCACAGUUGUCAGGAAAACACAAAUGGAUGUCUUCCCAAGCACUGAUGCUCCAUAUGUCAUCCAGAACAAUUAGAUACCUCCUGCCCAUCAAGCAUUUCCUUAGUCUUUCUGUCAGUUCACCAUCUUUCAGUUUAUCAAUGUUAGCUUGUUCAUUGUCUGCUUUUUCACCAUCAUCGUUUCCCUUUGGCGUACGGUAGAUAUCAAUGGAUUGAAGGAGGUCAAGUAACAUCUUUCUCACAUCAUGCGUUUGGGAAACAACAGUCCAUCCAAGAAUGUCAAAAUAUGACAAAACCAAUGGAUCUUCGUACACCCUUCUGGCUAAAGUCGUCUUGCCAAUACCUCCCAUCCCGAGAAUGGAAAUUACUUUUCGUCCUCGAGACAAGCCCCCGGUGUGGAUGAGCUGGUCCAUUAUCUCCCCCAAUUCCUUGCCACGCCCUUCCAUAAUGUCUGAAGCUAAGACAGCUUGCUUUGAUGAAGCAGCUUGUGCAGUAGUUGGGAAAUCUUGGACAGGGCUGUAGAAUAGCUUCCUAACAUCGCGCAUCAGAUCUUCUGUGUCCCUUAUUGCUUGUUGCAAGGUGGUGCGGAGUCUGCUUCUAUGUUUUUGUCUAAAAGCCUCAUCACUUCCCUCUAUGGAAUCGUAUAUAAUUCCAAGUCUCAUGUCGAUUUUGUAUUCUAUUUUAAAGGCUAAUCUUUGAUUUUAGUUUCCAGAUUAUUGUUGGCAGCAGCAACUUUAUCCUCCUGCAAGAAUGAUUUCAAAAAAACAAGACUUUGGUACAGAUAUUUCACCUGGUCUUCAUCCUCAAUGAUGGCGCUUGACCCGGAUUCAGCAAGUCCAGCUCCAUUGUUCGCAUAAGAGAAGAUAAAGCAACACAAGCCAUCUCUCUGAUCUCUAUUCUCUGAUCUCUCUCCCACUCAAAUUCUCUUUUUAUGUAUGGAGCAAAUGAGCAAUAUGCAUACUACUCCGUAUAUGAAUAUUGCUACUUAUAUAAAACAAAUGUAUUCUUGCCUCUGCUUUGGGUUAAACCCAUCUUAUAAUAAUUAUUUAUGAGUCAUUUCCA